AAUGACUGCGGCAUGUGCAGAUAAACUGUAUAGAGUACAUGUAAGAAUUAACACCUUUCACAGAGAAAUACAAACAACUUUAGUUGAAUAAGAAUGAAGCUGUUUAUUUUUGUGGUUUUUGUAAUGGCGGCUGAAGCUCUUGAUUCUUGUUACACGAACACAGAACGUAAAAACAUUGAGGAACUUCAAAAUCAUAUCCUGGCUUUCACGAAAUCUGUUGACACUUUGAAAACUGACCUUAAAGGGAAAUAUACAGUCUUGAACGGGGGAUGCCAUAAAGAUUGGAAGCCUUUCAGGGACCAUUGUUAUUAUUUAGUCAAAGAAAAGAAAACGUGGUUUGAAGGAGAGAGAUUUUGCAAGAAAGAAGGCUCGUCUUUGGUUAACGUAAAAGAUAAAGAUGAAAAUAAAUGGUUACAGUCACAGUUCAAAGACGUGAAAGCGUUUUGGCUUGGUAUUACGGAUGGAGACUUGAAACAUUGGAUUAAUGCAGUUGAUUAUGCUCCGACAACGUAUUUCAAUUGGGAAUCUGGUCAGCCUGGAAAUGGAGCGGAAAAUUGUGGCAUGUUUCAUCCAGACAAUGGUAAAUGGCAUGACUAUCCAUGCUCUACAUAUUUACAUCCGUUUGUGUGCAAGAAAGAUGUUAGCUGGAAGUUUCAAGAGAAGUACUGCCAAAACAAAGGACAAAAUACAAGUGCUGAUGACAUUCUGUGCAUGAAACCAUUUCAGUAUUUGCCAAACUUUAAAAACCCUUGUUGGAGGGAUGUGAACUAUGCAAUUAAAUGUCUUCCAUACUUUAUGUUAAUUGGGAUAGACAAAUCUGGAACCACGGAUCUUUUCUCUAGAAUAACCAAACAUCCUGAAAUAAAGGGGAACACUGGAAACCAAGAAAAAGAAACAAAAUGGUGGAGCUGGUUGAGAUAUGGUUUCUGGUUAAGACAGAACGCAAAAAGACGACGACAAACCUUCUAUGAGUACAUAUCAUACUUUGAUUCGUCAGCAGCACAUAAAGGCAACACCGUAAAUGAUAAACGAUAUCAUAACGUGAUAACAGGUGAUGGCACUCCAAUGGAUAUGUGGUAUUAUAGAGGAUGGCCACAGAUACCACAAAAUCUACAUAAAUCUGAUCCAGAAGUUCUUACUCCACAUCUAAUAAGACAUAUUAAUCCAGACAUGAAAUUUAUAAUUAUUUUACGAAAUCCAAUAGACAGAUUAUACUCGGACUACUUUUUCCUAAAACGUGGUGUUCCAACAAGUGCUGCAUUUGAUGUUGCUGUCAAUUCAUCUAUUCAGAUCCUUAAUGAAUGUACUCGUGCUCGAAUAAAUGUUGGAUUCUAUAGUGUAUAUUUAUCAGAAUGGUUUAAAGUUUUCCCCAGAGAUCAGUUCUUCAUUUUAAGGACAGAAGAUUAUACCAAAGAUAUGUUCAAUCACAUGUCGAAACUAUUUAAAUUCCUUAAAGCAGGUGAAUUAAAUAUAAAGCAAAUGAGUGAUUUGGGAAUUCUGUCAAAGAAUCGUAAACAUGUAACAAAAGUAAAACAGAAAGUUGCACCAAUGUCACAUGUAACCAGAAAAAAAUUAUUAAAAUUAUAUACGCCAUUUAAUAAGGAGCUUUCAGCUAUGCUAAAUGAUUCACGUUUUCUGUGGAAAGACAUUUAA